AUGGCGGAUCCAGGAUCAGGUCGUUCUCUGGGUUCAUACUCCCCCGUGGAUUAUAUGAGCAUCACUAGUUUCCCCCGCCUCCCCGAGGAGGAUCCCGGGGGAGAGCAGGUGCCUCGGGCCGGGGAGGAGGACACCUUUCUGGGGGAGCACGACUCGGAUCCGGACGCCUUCCUGAAAUCUGCCCGUCUCCAGCGCCUACCUUCAUCAUCUUCUGAAAUGGGGAGCCAGGAUUCCUCCCCACUUAGGGAGACAAUUAAGGACCCGUUUACUUCAGAGUGCAGCUGCCAUCAGGAUGGCCUCACCGUCAUUAUCACAGCCUGUGUAACCUUUGCCAUGGGAGUCACCAUAGCACUUAUUAUGCAGAUAUAUUUUGGAGACCCACAGAUUUUCCACCAGGGAGCCGUGGUGAGUGAUGCUUCCCGGUGCACAGCACUAGGUAUCGAUGUUCUGGAGAAAAGGGGCAGUUCUGUGGAUGCAGCCAUUGUGACCACCUUGUGUCUUGGGAUUGUUAACCCUCACACUUCUGGAAUUGGGGGAGGAGGAGUGAUGCUGAUUCAUGACAUAAGGAAUAAUGCAUCGUUUGUCAUUGAUUUCCGGGAGACGGCCCCUUCUGGAAUUCAGGAGGAUGCUGUCAGGCGGGACUGGAAGGAGAAGCCUGGGAUUCUUGUGGGUGUUCCUGGAAUGUUGAUGGGUUUGUCCAAAGCUCAUGAGAUGUACGGAAAGGUACCCUGGAGAGAUUUAAUUUCCAAAGCAGCUGAAGUGGCUCGUGGUGGCUUCAAUGUGACACAUGAUUUGGCUGAGGCUGUUAACGAGGCAAAGGGGAUGAACUUCUCAGACACCUUUCGGAAAAUCUUCCUACCAUAUGGGCAGCCCUUGGUGGCAGGGUCAUUUGCCAGAAGAGCGGACCUUGCAGACGUUUUGGAUGCUGUGGCAGAAAGAGGGAUAGAGGCAUUCUACAGUGGCAACUUGACACAGGAAAUGGUUUCUGAGGUUAGUGACAGUGGUGGGGUUUUAACAGAAGAAGAUUUCAGCAACUACAGUGUCUUUGUACAAAGCCCUGUGCAGACUGUGUAUCAAGGACACCUUGUGUUUGCUCCUCCGGCGCCACAAGCUGGCCCUGCACUUAUAGCUGCCCUCAAUAUCUUGGAAGGAGCAAAUCUUACCAGACAUACACCUCGGUCCAAUGCCCUACACUGGAUAACAGAGACCCUAAAAAUAGCCCUUGCCACUGCUAGCAAACUUGGAGAUCCUUCCCACGAACCCACCAUGCACAGCUUUGUUGAAGAGAUGCUCAGUAAGUCAGAGACUAGUUUCCUCCGACAGUUGAUAAAUGAGACUCAUGCUGCACCGACUGAACACUACAUGUCCUUUUACCCUCUGGAUGCUGGAACUGCUGCCAGUCAGGCCUUGGUUAUCGGCCCGGAUGACUUUAUUGUGGCUGUUGUUAGCUCUCUGAACCGUCCUUUCGGGAGUGGCAUAAUUACACCCUCUGGGAUCAUCCUCAACAGCCAGAUCUUGGAUUUCUUUUGGAGAAAUGGAAGUGGGGACAUCUCAUCUCAGGCACCGAGAAACAACAUUGAGCCUGGGAAAAGGCCUCUCUCUUUUCUGCUUCCCACGAUUGUACGUCCUGCUCAGGGUUUAUGUGGAACUUACUUGUCACUGGGAGGUUCCAAUGGGGAUCGAGCAUUGACUGGUAUUACUCAGGUCCUGCUAAAUGUUCUGUCAUUUAAUAAGAAUCUCAGUGAAAGUGUAUCUUUGGGCAGGCUGCAUCCAGACCUCCAAUCCAACCUACUCCAGGUUGAUGGUGAUUUCCCGGAGAAUGACACACAGGGACUUGAAUCCAGGGGGCAUCUACUACACAGGACUCCCUUCCUAUCUCUGGUCCACGGCUCACGAAGAAGCAAUGACCUCAUCAUUGGAAUACGAGAUCCAAGAAGCAAUGAUGCAGAAGCCUCCACCAUUUUAUAGACCCAGAAAAGCUAUAAACCGCACUUUCUAAGGAACACCAUAAUGAGCCAAUAGUGAGGCAAUUUUACAUGAUAUGUAAAUGAGACAAUAGGUGCCAAGGGUCAUAAUCAAAGCUUUGGUAUGUUUAAGGAGGAAUUGUUGCCUUUCUACUAAAAUUGGACAUCUUUUAAAUGUUUUUAUUUUUGUUAAACUGAUUGGCAGGUAUUGGGAUAGCAGAGCAAUUUCUUUCACCUACCUUCUUUUAACUUUGUUUUCUUUUUAUCCACACUACAAGCACACAUAUUUGCAUUACAUUUUAUUUUUAAUUCUGCUCUAGUUAGGGUUGCCAGGUGUACAGUAUUCAACCCUACAGUCCAGUAUUUUAGCAGGCUGUCCAGUAAAGUUUCCACAAAAAUACUGGACACUUAUAUGUCCAGUUUUUUAAAGUCCCUCAGUGUUGGUUAAAUGCAUUACAAAUAUGGAGCAGAACGAAGUAAGGGAUGGAUAAGGAAAUCAAAUAAAUUUUGUUUACAUAUGUUACUGGCAGACAAAGAGGUACAAAUAUUAAAUUUUAUGUUACUGGCAGCCAAUGGGUAAAAUGACUGCUCAUUUGUAAAAAAAAAUAUAUAUAUAUAUAUAUAUACACUGUGUGUGUAUAUAUAUAUAUAUAUAUAUAUAUAUGUGUAUAUAUAUAUAUAUAUACAUACAUACAUACAUACAUACAUACAUACAUACAUACAUACAUACAUACAUACAUACAUACAUACAUACAUUAUGGGAUCAAGAGUGGGACUGAA